AUGCAUCCCAAUUCUGCAGUGGGGUUUUUUCUGUUGCUGGGCAUGUCCUGGUGUUUCAGGUUGCAGAUUUCCGAUGAGGAUGAUAGCGACGAGUUCACAAAACAGGAGCUGCAGUUUGCAGAGCGCUAUUUAAAAACUCAUUAUAAUCUCUGGUCAAGUCCCGCCGGCAUCUUAAAGUCAGGGGACAAAUUUUCCACCAAACUUCGAGAAAUGCAAUCGUUUUUGGGUCUAGAAGUCACCGGAAAACUGAAUGAAGAAACCUAUGAGUUAAUGAAGCAGCCCCGAUGUGGAGUUCCUGAUGUGGGAGAGUACAAUUUUUUCCCUCGAAAUCUAAAGUGGUCCCACACUAAUUUGACAUACAGGAUUUUAAAUUACACCCCGGAUCUGAAAAAGUCUGAAGUGGAGCGAGCCUUCAGAAAGGCAUUCAAAGUCUGGUCUGAUGUGACGCCACUCAACUUCACCAGAAUUCGUACUGGCGUAGCAGAUAUCAUGAUCUCCUUUGGACGAAGAGAACAUGGUGAUUUCUAUCCUUUUGAUGGACCUUCUGGUCUCCUGGCUCAUGCUUUCCCUCCUGGACCAGGUUAUGGAGGAGAUGCUCAUUUUGAUGAGGAUGAAUUUUGGUCAACAGAUUCCAAAGGAACCAACCUUUUUCUGGUAGCUGCCCAUGAGUUUGGCCAUUCAUUAGGGCUUCAACAUUCCAGUGAUUUAGGGGCUCUGAUGUUUCCAAUCUAUCAACCAAUGGAUCCCGGAGCCUUAAGACUUCACCGUGAUGAUAUUGCAGGCAUCCAGAGCCUUUAUGGAGCCCCUGGAGAGGAUGAUGAUGAGAAUGAGGAUGUAUUGGAAGACCCUACAACUGCCCCAACAGAAGUGCCAUCAACAGAACCAUGCCACCCUGACCAAGCUUUUGAUGCUGUGACUUCUCUUAGAGGAGAAACCAUAUUCUUUAAAGACAGUUUCUUCUGGAGAAAAAAUCCCCUCCGAAGUACAAUUGAGAAAGAUCCCAUUUCUGCUUUCUGGCCAACUUUGAGCACUGGCAUAGAUGCUGCAUAUGAAAACAGAGACAAGGACAUCGUCUUUCUUUUUAAGGGACAAAAGUAUUGGUCUUCCAGGGGAAAUAUUAUAGAGCAUGGUUUCCCAAGGAACAUCCAGAAUCUGGGCUUCCCACACAACAUUAAAAAAGUUGAUGCAGCAGCUUAUGACAGUAGUUCAAAGAAAGUAUACUUCUUUUCUGGUGACCGUUAUUGGAGGUAUGAUGAUGAAAAGAACUCCAUGGAGCAAGGGUAUCCAAGAAAAAUAGCAGCUGACUUCCAUAACUUUCGCUCCAAGGUGGAUGCUGCUUUUAUAGAUAAUGGACACUUCUAUUUAUUCAAUGGUCCAAAGCAGCAUGAUUUUGACUUUGCAACCAAGAGAUUUCUGGGCAUAAAGAAGAGUAAUAGCUGGCUGGAUUGCCAGUGAUAUGGCAGGAAGAAGAGAAAGGAGCCAAGACCUGUGGUAUCCGUUCAUCCUAACUCUCAAGAGCUAGUUGAUGUUGUCAGUUAAUUGAUUAUUUGGUGUAUUCCCUACUUUGGAGCCAUGAAAACACCAUAAUGAUGUUUUCAGAAGGGAGAAUUUCAAGAUUGAAUUUAAUUUAAUGUAACUUAUUAUAACGUAUUAUUUGUUAAA